AUGUCUUCUCCAGCACCUCAAUACGUCUACGUCCCCAACCUCGUUGGAGGACAAAUGCUCCGCCUCCCCAUUGAAGACCUCUCUUCUGACAGCGAGUCCACCAUCUCCCAACAACCCAUUGCCAGCCCAACCCUCUCCUCACGAUACACCCGCGACUCGUCCCCUUCGCCAAGCGUCGAGAGCGUCGAGUCCGAGGAGUGA